AUGGGGAUCUGCGCGCUGAGGAAACAUCUACUAACAGCGAUUCAUCAGAGUUCACCAGAAGAAUCCAGGAAGAGGAAGAAGAUGGAUGAUGAUAUCCCGCAGCCAGAAGAACGGGCUGCUUUCUUCACACUCCUUGAAGACGAGCACAUCCAGUCCUUUCUAGCCAGGGACAGCUGCCUUAAGAUCUCGGACAAGUAUCUCCUGGCCAUGGUCCUCACGUACUUUAGAAGAGCAAACCUGCGUACUGAGGAAUACAGGACUUACUUCUUCCCAAGUCUAUUUUUGGCCAACCAGUUUGAAGAGGAAGAGCCCUUUAGACAGGAGAUCUACCCAUGGGCCCUCGGAUUGAUGUGGAUGAUCCAGAGGAAGCAGCUUCAUCAUCUGCGCAAUCAGAUUUUCAUCCGGAUGGGAUUUAGAGCUUGGGUACAACGGGAAACCUGUGAUCUGAUCAUGGCACAAGACCCUGACCAUUGCGCAUGGAAGAGAGAGAGGAAAGUCCAUCACAGCUGGGCUAUACACCAAUGCAGGAGGGAUGAUGUAGACUUCACCAUCACAGGUACAUGGAUCACCCCUGCACCCUGCUCUCUGUGUAACACAAUUCUCCAUCCAUGCCAGGAGGAAUAG